UGGUUAUUUCUUAUUUCAGGGGAAAUAAAGAAAAAAAAAAUCAGAAAAGAAAAAGAAAUUAUAAAAUGAAGAACGGGAAGAGUUGAGUAAUGAUUCUUCGGCCCACAGCGCGACCCCUCUGUCGCUCCUCACUCUACCUCCAACCCAGGUGGAGCUACAGAUCAAGGUGCACAAGAAAAGAUAUGGCUCGAGAUGGAUUGGAUUUUUCGGAAGCUAAAAGGCAUGCUGCUUUUCGAUUGUGCAAAGUGUCCGGUUACAUGACUGAGUUGCUGGAGAUUCGCGCCGAUGAUCCUAAACUGCACGUUUUAUUCAUUCCGGGAAAUCCAGGUAUUGUUGCAUUUUACAAGGAUUUUGUGGAAGCAUUGUACGCGUUUCUCGGAGGACAUGCAUCUGUAACAGCAAUCGGGCAUGUUUCACACACCAAAAAGAACUGGGAGCGCGGAAAGUUAUUCUCAUUAGAAGAACAAAUUGUACAUAAGGUGGAUUUCAUUAAUCAGGAGCUAGAAAAUCUUGAAGUUCCUAUAUUAUUGGUUGGGCACUCUAUUGGCUCAUAUAUGGCUAAUGAUGUGUUUAGGAGGUCCUCGGAAAAGGUGACCUAUUGCAUUGGACUAUAUCCAUUUUUGGCAGUAAACCCCCAAUCGAGGUGGCAGUCUUUUAUUGGGAAGAUUGUAGAGUCACAAGUUUUAAGUGUUGCACUUAGUUGCAUUGCGGCAUCAUUGGGAUCCUUACCAAGCAGUGCUUAUAGGUUGAUUUUGACAAACUCUGUUGGGAGUUCAUGGUCAGCUGCUGCAGUUGAGGCUGCUUGCUCACACUUGGUGCAGUACCAAGUUGUACGGAACAUACUCUUUUUGACUAGGACAGAGUUCAGAAAGCUUGCAGAAAUACCAGAUUGGAAGUUUAUGAGAGAAAAGCAGGAGAAAAUAGCAUUUUUGUUUGGUGUUGAUGAUCACUGGGGUCCACUUCAAAUGCAUGAAGAGAUUUCCAAGCAGGUCCCAGGCAUUUCUCUAUCAAUUGAAAGGGCCCAUCCUCAUGCUUUCUCUUGCACUGAAGAUGGUUCAUCAUGUGUUGCAAAGCAUGUAGCAAGAUUGAUCGAGAAUCAAGUACUGCAUUCAGGGCAGUAAGGGAUCUCUGUUGCUGCCAUUUUGGGAUAUAGAAGUCAUGUUAAGUAUAUGGUUAGGAUUGUUCGUCAACGGAUAUAAUUGAUCAUCCCAUUAUGUUUAAAUAAUAAUUACAUCUUGAAAAAAAAAAUUAAACUGAUAUAGUAGUUAGCAAUGCAGUUAUAUUGAUGUUUGUUCUGAUCAAGUAACUGGUUAAGUUGUUAUGCAUAACACAGAUAAGUCCCUUCAAAUGCUGGUAUCUAAGGUACGGUUUGGAUGGUGAGAUGAGAUGGUUUUAGAUGAAAGUUGAAAGUUGAAUAAAAUGUUGUUUGAAUAUUAUUUUUAUUUGAAAUUUGAAAAAGUUGAAUUGUUUAUUA